AUGUCCGCAGGUACUCCCGAAAAGCCCGCGCGCAAGCACAGGAAGUCGAAGUCCACCGACGUCCAAGAUCUUGCGGAGACGCUUGUACCCUCGGAGAAGCCCAAGAAAUCCAAGAAGUCCAAGAGAUCUGAGCCUGAAGACUUGGCCCCCGUCGAAGAUUCAGCGCCGUCCUCUCCGAAGGAGAAGAAGCUCAAGAAGCUCAAGCAUGCUCUAGAAGUGGAUGGGACAGAGCUUCAGGAUGACGGGAUGGCGAAGAAAAAGCGCAAGCACAAGCACACGGAAGCGGAGGCAGAAGCAGGACUGGGGGGUGUGCAGUCUUCAGAUGCGGAUGUUGUAAGUCAAGACCAGAUCGUGAAGUCAAAGAAGUCGCGGAAACCGCGAGAGGGCACGGACGAGAAGGCCGAGGAGGGCAGUGUGAACAAGUCGAAGAGGGAACGGAAAAAACACAGUAAAGGGGAAGAUGAAGAGGAGGCUCCUGUGAUGAGUUCGACGUCUAGUGUCACAAAGAAGAAGAAGCGGAAACACCGCUCCUCCGCCAACUCGUAUCCUGACCCAGCAGAGGACGAGGUUUUGACCGAGCAAGCCCAGAAAGCUUUGCAAUACGCGUUCAGCCAGUUCAAUGACCCAACCUCGUGGAAGUUCAACAAAGCGAGACAGAACUGGCUCAUCCGUAAUAUAUGGUUGGCGGAAGCGAUUCCGGAGCAGUAUCUACCUCUCACGAUACAAUAUCUGCAGGGAGUGCAGGGAGGGGUACGAGAAACCCUGCUCAAAGCUUGCAGAGACGCUAUGGAAGCUCAGAAGGCUGAGAAGACAGAGAUACCAUCCACAGCCAAUACGGCAGAAACGCAGACAGACAGUGCAUCUCCGUCGAAACAGACAGUGAAGUUCGCUGCAGAGCCGGAGCCUAUUGCGGAACCGUCACCCACGGACACGACCAAGCGAGAACGUGCAGCCACAUUACUGGAGGCUCUUACUUCUGCAGCUUCGUAG